UUCAAAUAAAUUAAAAAAGGAAAAAAAAAGAGACAAAAAAAAGAAGAAAAUAAAUCCACAAUGGGCAAGAACACAAAGGAGAUGACAGUAGUGAAAGGCCUGGACGUAGAGCGAUACAUGGGCCGAUGGUACGAGAUCGCCUCCUUCCCCUCCUUCUUCCAGCCCAGCAACGGCGAGAACACACGCGCCACCUACACGCUCAACCCCGACAAGGCCACGGUGCACGUGCUCAACGAGACAUGGAGCAAUGGGAAGAGGGAUUCCAUCGAGGGGACUGCGUAUAAAGCUGAACCCAACAGUGACGAGGCAAAGCUCAAGGUGAAGUUUUACCUGCCGCCGUUUUUGCCGGUGAUUCCGGUGGUCGGAAACUAUUGGGUGCUUUAUAUUGAUGAGGGGUAUCAGGUUGCGCUUGUUGGGGAGCCCUCGAGGAAGAAUUUGUGGAUAUUAUGCAGGCAGACUCACUUGGAUGAGGAUACCUACAACCAGCUAGUCCAAAAAGCAGUAGAAGAAGGAUAUGAUGUUAAAAAGCUCCAUAAGACACCACAAGCUGACCCUCCUCCGGAGGCAGAGGUAGGCCCUACGGAUACCAAGGGCAUUUGGUGGAUCAAAUCCCUGUUUGGCAAAUAAGUAUAUAUAUCACGAGUAUCUCUGUUGUGUGCUUGUAUUGUAUCUUGAUGUACGUGCUAGAACUAAAAGUUCAGUUUUAAAUGAGAAUGAGUAGCAGUAUGAGUGUGUUUAUCUUAUGUGAGUUCUUAUAAUGGUAAAGACGUGUGGAAAUUCUGAUAUGA